UUGACAGGGAUAAUUUAAAAGCAGAUGGGCUAGGGCUACUGAUAACAUUUAGGGGAAGGGAAUUCCAAAUGGGGAUUACGCUUACAAAAAAGGAAUGUCUAUGGGCUAGGGUUUUAACAUAUGGUUUAAAAAUAAUUUGAUUAUGAGGGUGACGGGGGGAAGGGCGAGGAUGGAGGGUGAAAACAUUGGGAGAUAUUAUAGAUAAAUUAUUAAGUAUAUUAAAGCAGACUUUCAGUUUUUGGUUUUUCCUUCGAGAUGACAGAGGUUUCCAGUUUAAGGAGGCAAGCAGGUCAGGGUAUUCUGCCCUCCACUGCUCCUCUGUUUAACCUUUAUCCAUUAGCGAUCUUUACCCAAAGCCAAAGUUCCAAUGGAUUCUGCAGAGCUAUUGAAGGAAUGGGAGUGGUUGGUGAGGACCGAGUUGACUGCAAAGCUGGAGGCCAUUGAUCGUCAUCUGGAGGAGUGCUCUAAGAAACUAUCUCCGUUCCCUAUAGCUGGUGCUGAGAUAAGACCUGUUCUAUUGAGCUCCCAGCACCAGGGUGACAAUGUCCUCUGUACUGUCACGGUGGACGGGGACAGGAUAUCACGAGCUGAGUUGAAUGUUCGAGCUCCUGGCAAAGGAGGACGUUCUCUACGCACUACCAUCAAGGAACAGUCACCAUGGAAACUCAAGCAAGUACAAGACUCUGUGAACCACUUCCAGAGGGUUCGCGACCUUUACGCUAGUCUAAAGAGCUGUGGUCACUCCUCACAGUCAUGUCUGCGUGGGUGUUUGGAGGGGUUGCUGGGAGCACUGCUUCAAACAGAGGCCGCCCUCACUCUACCCCCCAACACUACCGCACAGCACAUAUUCAACAACAAUCAAAAAUCUGUGCUGAAGCCUGAGCUGCCUGAGGACGUGGCGUUGUAUUUCCACAUCAGCUCUUCCCUGCUCGUGCUGACAGUGUUAGCAGUGACGGCACGCGGUGGUGUUCGGGAGAUGAAGGACAUUGAGUCUAACUCCUGGAUGGGGGCACUAUUUGAGCAUGGAAGUGUGAUAUACGAGGUGACAGGUCAGCUCAGAGUAUCUGCCAGUGUGCCGUGGCUAGCAGCAGUCCUGGCAUUGCUCAGACAAAGCCUGGAGCUAACACAGGAUCUGCUUGAUAAGGUUAAAGUGUUUGAUGGAGUGUCAUCAGUUUAGGAACAAUGAACACGUAUAGUGCAUGUACGUUAAUUAUAGAAAUAUUGUUUGAACAAUAAUUUAUUAUGAAUUGACUCAUAAACUCA